UCACAAAAUAUGGCAUUUAUGCCAAUCAAAGAUGGGGAAUUUACAAGUACAAUAUAUGGAAUGAUUCGAGACAAUAAAUUCACUGACGCAAUGCGUGUUUUACAAUAUGAGGUUCAGAGAAAUCCGGAGUCAAGAGCAGCGUUAUCUUUACUUGGUUAUUGUUAUUAUUAUAUUCAAGAUUAUAUUAUGGCAGCAGAAUGUUAUGAAAAACUUAGCGAAUUAUAUCCUCAACAUACAGAUUAUCGUCUUUAUCAUGCUCAGGCUCUUUAUAAUGCUUAUAUGUUUCCCGAGGCUGUUUCUAUAAAUGAUCCAAAAAUGGAAAAGAAAGUAGUUAAAUUGGAUGCGGCAAUUAAAUACCGGGAAGAAGACCUUCAAAAUGCUCGAAUUCUUGUUGAACAAUUUGAUAGUGACGAUGCUGAUAUUGAAGAAGGAAAGCCUGCUGAAGCACUUAAACGUUUUAUGGUUGCAACUGAACAACAAAAUGUUGAUGAUACUUCUGGAUAUCAAAAUCAUUUAACCUAUUCAAUUGCUCUUUGUCACUAUCAAAUGAGAAAUUUUCCACAAGCUUUGAGUAUGAUUUCUGAAAUUAUUGACAGAGCUGUAAAGGAUCAUCCUGAAUUAGGAAUUGGAAUGGCAGCAGAAGAAGCUAAUGGAGGGGCACAACUUCGUUCUGUUGGCAACACAUUUCAAUUAAAUGAAAGUGCUGUUAUAGAAGCUUGUAAUCUUAAAUUCGCGAUUGAAUAUCAAAUGAAAAAUGUGGAUGCAGCAGCAGAAGCUUUGUUAGAUAUGCCUGCAAGAGCUGAAGAAGAACUUGACCCUGUUACUUUACACAAUCAAGCAUUAAUUGGUGUAGAAACUAAUUUGGCUGACAGUUUUUCUAAACUUCAAUAUUUGCUUGGCCAUAAUCCCUUUCCACCUGAAACUUUUGCUAAUUUAUUGUUGUUAUAUUGCAAAUAUGAAUAUUACGAUUUGGCAGCAGAUGUACUUGCAGAAAAUGCACAUCUUACAUAUAAAAUGCUUUCACAAUAUCAAUUUGAUUAUUUGGAUGCUUUAAUAACACUUCAAUCUUCUGAAUCAGAUGCUUAUACAAAGUUUGAUUCUCUUUCAAAUUCAAAACUUGUUGAAUUACGUAAAAGACAUCAGCAUUUACAGGAAAUUCGUGAAAAUGAUGGAGUAACAACAACAAAAACAAAUUUAGAUGUUCGUUCAUUACAACAGGCAAUAGAUAGUGUUGAACAAACAAUGGAAGAAUUUUUACCCUCCCUUUUAUCUCAAGCAAAAUUGCUUUGGGAUAAAUCACAAUGGUCGUUGAUAGAAAAACUUUUUAGGCGUUCGGCCGAAUUUUGUAGUGGAAAUGAUAUUUGGAAAUUAAAUUUGGCACAUGUUUUGUUUAUGCAAGAAAAAUUUAAAGAAGCUAGGGAACUUCUUAUUUUCAGUGAUUGUUAUGCCCCAUUGGUACGUGCCAAUUUUGAUAAGAUGUUGGAAGUUUCUGCUAUUGUUUUGGCUAAUUUAUGUGUUUGUUAUAUAAUGACAAAUAGUAAUGAAGAAGCAGAAGAAAUUAUGAAAAGGGUUGAAAGAGAAGAAAAUGUGAAUACUGACAAGAAAUCCUUUCAUCUUUCAAUAAUUAUAAUUAUUGGAACCCUCUACUGUGCUAAAAGCAAUUACGAAUUUGGAAUUUCCCGGAUUGUUAGAGCAUUAGAACCUUGUGAACGAAAAUUGGGUGUUGAUACUUGGUUUUACAGCAAAAGAUGUUUAGCCUCACUGAUGGAAAAUAUUGCUAAAUGUGUUAUUGUAAUACGCGAUGAUGUUUUAAUUGAAUGUCUUCAAUUUUUGGAGGCUUGUGAAGCUCAUGGACACGAAAUACCAACUGAGGCAAAUCUUUUUGCUGUUCGGCCUGGAGAAAUUGUCAGGAUGGUUAGCCACGAAGUAAUUUUUUGA